AUGUCUCCCAUUCUCAAGAGAGACAUAGGCGAACAGUUUCGCCAAGCCCGAAAACUCGCAGCAGCUGCCUCUGGCAUCGCCCACCACGACGACCAUUCCUACAACCACCCCCCUUACGAAGAGCAGCCAGAAGAUUGGAUACACAAGUCCGGACAACCAACAAGCGGAGGUAUAGCGGGGUCGUAUGCUUCAAGCUCAUCGGCGCGGCAAGGUAUAGGAGUCGAGAGGAACGAAAUAGAGGACGAUCAUGGAUUCAGAGAAGCUAGAUGGCUGGACACGAAAUCAGAAAGAGGGGAUGGCAAAGGCAAGCUGAGACAAGCUGAGAGUGAUUCUGGAGACGAGGUCGACAACCUGACGGGUGGUCGUCCGUCAAGUGAAAGCUGGAUAGAGGAGGCACCCUCAGAUCAUGGGGUCCCGAGAACGAGCUUCGGAUAUGCCGAGCCUGACCUCUACUCUGAUGCGAAUAUCGGAAGCCCUGCCAAGUGGAGAGAUUUUGUCAGUCUUGUAAUUGAGUCAACGUGUUCGUUAUUACUAUCACUGGUCGGCCUUGUGUUCACCGGGGAGCUGUUGGAGCAUCUAGCUCGCUGGGAGGUCUUUCGCAGAGUAGAUGAGCUCUUCAUCCUGGUCCCCAUGAUCGGCAACCUCAAAGGCAAUCUUGAAAUGUGCCUCUCUGCCCGUCUUGGUACCUCUGCCAAUAUUGGUGAACUGGACCACCGUCAAACCCGCAAAACGAUGCUCGUCGCAAACAUGACCCUCCUCGGCCUACAGUCUCUCCUCAUCAGCUGUGUUGCUGCUAUCAUAAGUUUUGCUCUUGGUCUGGUGACGGUGCAUCGUUUGGGUGAUACUCCAGAGGGCGUCAGCUAUAAUAGCACCGUACCGGGAUUAGAUCCCGGUUUGGAGAGCGCGGACCAAGAGUGGCAUGAAGGGUAUACAAGACCUGGAUGGAAGCAGCUGGUCAUGGUGCUGGCGACUGGAAUGGGAUCUGCGGGCAUCAGCAGUGCCGUCUUGGGAUCUUUCAUGGGUAGUUUGAUCAUCGUCUCAAGAUGGGCCGGAACUGAUCCAGACAAUAUCACUCCACCACUCGCUGCCUGUCUAGGUGACCUUCUCACGCUAUUCAUCCUCGCACUCCUCGGCACUGCCCUGGUUCAUACCAUGGACACCAUACUUCCACUCUGCCUUCUUAUCAUCAUGUCUGUCGCGGCCGGCUGGUUCACCAAACGCGUCAUGCGCAACCAAUGGGUCAAAGAGGUGGCCAGGGGCGGUUGGGUGCCACUCAUUGGAGCUAUGUUGAUUUCAAGCGGGACGGGGAUGGUGCUUGCCAAGGGUGUGGGGAGAUACAGGGGAUUCGCACUACUGGCAAUCUCGAUGACGGGGCUUACGGGCUCUAUCGGCGCUAUACACGCAAACCGUCUUUCCACCCAGUUACACACCCUCCUCCACCCCACUCACCCGCAUCCCCGACCACUCGCUCAUGAAAUUGCGCCUCACCCUGGUCUCUCUCCUUUACAAAGCGCAAUCGCACUGUGUGCCAUUGGGUUCCCUUGUCAGGCGGCGUUCUUGUUGAUCGUGAGAUGGGCGGGGUGGAUAGACAUGAGUCUUGGGUGGAUCGGAUGGGUGGUUUUUGCCUUGACUAUCUUGAUCUCCAUUACGAUGGCUCACUACAUGACUUUGUUUUUCUGGUCAAAGAACCUCGAUCCAGACUCCUAUACCCUCCCUAUACAUUCUGCCCUUGUAGAUUUCCUGGGGCAGCUUUUGCUGAUGGUCGCCUACGAGAUUUGCAUCUCGCGAGGCAAAGAUGUCAUGGAUACGGUCCCCGUCGCGCCCAAAACUUUCGACAUUGCUCCCUCUACGACCAUCAAAGAUGCCAUCAACAAAAAAUACGCAAACAAGCUCGUCCCAGACAAGGGUCUCGCUCUUUCAGUAUUCGACAUUUUGACGGCAGAGGAUGGAAAGGUCACUUGGGGAAAUGGAUUGAUGUAUUAUAAAGUCUCUUUCAGAUUAAUGCUCUUUGCACCUUUCAUCGGAGAAGUCAUCGUCGGCCGUGUUCUCUCGACUACCAAGUCAUAUAUCAGAAUAUCAUUAGGAUUCUUCCAAGACAUCUAUAUCGUGCCUUCACUCCUUCCCCCGAACUCUGCAUUUGAUCCACAGCAGAGAGCCUUCUUCUGGGUCGCCACAGACGAGGAAGCGCUUUCGCAAGAACAAUUGCUCAACACGGUCGUCACUGAACGGUUAUAUAUCGAUGCGGGAGAACCGAUACGAUUCCGAGUUGAUUCGGUCGAAUGGCGCGACGUCCGACCAACACCACAGAGCCUGAUGGCAGAGCAGAAUGGAGAAGAUGUGCCGGAGAAGGAUCCAAUAGAGAAGGCCGGUUUCAAAAUACUUGCAACGAUAGCCGAGUCGGGGCUGGGUGUGACGGCUUGGUGGCCGGGACGUGAGGAGAAUGAAGAAGUGUAUGAAUAG